AUGGCAUACAGGGACCGCCGGCCCGGCGCCGGUAAUGAUCCUGGCCCUGCUGAUGGCACGAACAUCCGACACAUGAUUGUCUUGUCUGACACGCCUGUCUCCAGCUACAUCACCUUCAUGUUACUGUGCGUCAAGUAUCCGAAAGCCAAGGUGAUGCUGAUCAACGCACGCACACGCAAGGUGGCCACUGAGAAGACACCUGGAUACGGGCGCAGAGAAAUGAUCGAAGACUUGAUGUCCGACUGCACGAAUCAGUCGCGCAAUAAGAUCAUUGUCUCCACCUACCGUAUCUAUGAGACGGCGCUAAACAUGCAACGCGCAAAUUACUGCGUAUUGUUAGAGCCUGUUUGCGAUGCUAAAGAAAAAGCCCAAGCGGCUGCUCGCGUCAACCAACGGGGCCAGUGUAUGCGGCCUAUCACUGUGCGAUUGCAUGAUGAACGUAACCUUUCCAAAACACUGAAACGCUCUCGUCAUCAGAACCAAGACGACAUGGAGAACUGGCAAGAGCAGGGCAUUCCUUAG